AUGUCGCACAGCAAGCGCAACACCUCUCUCGCCUUUUUCACCUCCUAUGAGCGCGAGCAGCUCAAGUCGACCUGGGGCACCGCGCGCACACGUCUGUCGCGCGAUUCAUUCCUACCCUUCUCGUCUUGCAAGCUAUGCCUGCUUCCCUCCCGCGAUCCCGUUGCCUGUGCGCAUGGCGACAUCUUCUGCCGCGAAUGCGCCAUGAACAACCUGCUGGCCCAGCGCAAAGAGAUAAAAAGGUUGGAGAAGGAGGCCGAGCGGAGAGCAGGGGAUGAGGCCGAAGAUAGAGUGAGACAAGAAGCGGAAGAGGAGAAAAGAGCUAUUGAGGACUUCGAGAGAGUCCAAAUGGGUCUUGAGGCGAAGGGCAUGGGCGGCACGAUCGUGGGAAGGGAAGCAGGAAAAGUCAUGGUCGAGAGGGUGGUCGAAGGUGCGGAUGGGAACAAGGGCGUGAAGAGAAAGUUCGAGUUCGACGAGGAAGAAGUCAUGAGGGUUGCACGGGAAGAGCGAAGCAAAGUACGGAAGGCGCUGAGUGAAGAGAAGCGCGAAGCUAUUUCCAAGUCGACAUUACCCUCCUUCUGGGUUCCUUCACAGACACCUGACACCAACACCGCCGACAACGGAUCUUUGCAUGCCAUAACAAAGCAGGCGAAGCUGAACCCGAUAUGCCCAGGCUCCUCUGAUGAAGAACCUCAUGAGUACUCACUGAAGACCCUGACGACCUUGGAUUUCACCGAGGAAAAGGACGUGAAGGGCGGUGAUCCGGUGCGCAGUUGUCCGGCUUGUCGCAAGGCUCUCACCAACGCCACCAAGGCAAUGAUGGGAAUUCCUUGCGGCCAUGUGUUGUGCAAGCCCUGUACUUCCAAGUUUAUGACGCCCCAUAACGAGGCGGAUGCGCACGAUCCCACCGCGGAAUUUGGCGUCAUCAGAUGCUAUGUAUGCGAGAUUCCGUUGACACCGGAAAAGAAGUCGAAGAAGGAUAAGGCAGGCAAGAAGAAGGAGAAAGACAAGCCCAAACCUGGGCUAGUAGAGAUCAAGAGCGAGGGCACGGGCUUCGCAGGCGGCGGCAAGAACAUGGUGCAGAAGCAGGGCGUGGCGUUUCAGUGCUAG